GACGUAGUUACCGAUUUUUCGCACAUCCGGCCGAUCGCGUUAUUUUUUCUAAUCCAGCAGCAUACAAGAAAGCACGAGAAAGGAAAAGAAAGAGCGAUGAAGACUCUGCGGGGAAAGAGUCUCUUGAUCAUCGGGACACUGCUCUUGCUGAGUGUCGUCGAGCUUCAUGCCGCCAAGACGUUGAAACGCGUGGCCCGAGAUGCUCCGGCUCCGCCGGGGAAGGAUGGCGAGAAGAAGAACGACUUCGACUUGACCACCAUCAAGAACUUCCUGGAUAAGAUUCCGGUAGUCGGUCCGAUAGUCGAUACCGUAUACAACUACCUCAGCGAGUUAGUCAUCUAUCUGGAUAAGCUGUCGAACGGCAUAAUCCCGAGAGCCCUUGGAGGCUCGCUGCCCUGCGUGCUCACCACGACCAAACUGGUCUGCAGCGGUACUUCCAAGGACGGCGGCACUUACGCUAUCGUCAAAAAGAUCAUCAGUAUGCUGCCCAGUACCAUCUUACCGGACACCUUGAAGAACGGCAUUCUGGACUUUAUCCGCAAGGUCAUCAACCCGAUCGCCAACGCGCUUUUCGGCGGUUUACCCAAGUAGCGGCUGCGAAUUCUCAUCUCUCGAUGAUCCCCUUGUGUUAUUUUGCUAUUUACUUCGAGUCUCUCGCACUGGACUUGGAACUUCGAAAUUCGUCGUUGUAUACGAAAUUGUCAAAGCUGCUCGUAAUAAAAACAAACAUUUUUUGUCACCGAGGCUUCAUUUAUUCUCGAGCAACGCUUGCAGAGUUCGCCGACGAUUCCAGAAAGAAAUUUUUCGCUGACAUAAUUAGCAGCUGGGGAGAAUAUGAAUGUCCAGCUUGACGUAUGACCGAGAGGCCCCGAUAAGAGCUUCCGCGCUUUGCAUAUCGUUCGGUCGAAAUUUAAAACGCCAUUUCCUCGUAGCCGAGCUCGCUUAUAAAAGGAUCGGCCGAGGUUUAACGAUGCAUUAGUCAAGUGCAGCAUCGUAUCCGCGAAAACAUGCAGUUCUCCCAGAAGAAGGUCUGCCUGACCCUGGCGUUUUUCCUCGUCGCCGUUUCCUCGGCCAGCGCCAAGAGUCUUCAGAAACGAGAGGCUAAUCAGCUGGAGUCCUACGACGACUUCUUGAACGCGAUCGACAAUCUGCGCAACAUCCCGUUCGUCGGUUCGGUGAUCGCACCCUACGCAGCAGUGGCCAAGGGUGUAAUUCAGAAUCUGGACAAUGCGGUGGACGGCAACAUCGGCAACAUUGUCGACAGCAUCAUGCCCUGCAAAUUCAACGGUCCCUUCGCUCGCUGCGAGGGCAAAUUUGACACGGCGAGCGCCAGGAAGAUCGCCAAGAAGCUGCUCGGACUCAUACCUCUCGACUCGAUGCCCGACUCCGUUUCUUCCGUCAUCAGACUCGCUACGAAUAUGAUUUAGUUUGUUCGUCUGGAUAAUGUUGUAACGAUGUUGUUGAAAUAAAUUUUAUUGUUGAUCAAUCA